UCUGGCAACACGGGCGGGACUGGGUUUGUUUCGAUAACGAUAUCGUUUAGAUAACAAACUAUCAAAGUGGCGACAACCCUGCCGCCCCACAAAAAUAGCGCGAACUUUUUGUCUGUACGGCGGAAAAACCAGAGUUAUAUUUUCUUAAAUAUGAGCGGCCGCAAGCACAGAGGCUCUGAGAACAUGGAAAAUCUGUGCCCCGUCACCAGAAAACGCUCGACCAGCAAGAACCCCGCCUCGGCCGUGGGCGCUCUAGUUUCCGCCACGAAGUCGUCGCACUACGAGCACCCUUCCUCGCCCUCGGCACUUACCUUCGAGGCCCUGGAGGAGAUGGGCAUCGGCAUGCUGGACUCCGAGGAGAGCAGUUCCUCGGCGCUCUCGGCCAUCGCGUUGGCGGUCAGUGCCAGUGCCACCAGCGACGACAACUCCAACGAGACGACGCCGUACGCCAGUGUGCCCCGCAUGGCGCACCAGUUGCAGAACCCGCAGCGCCUGAGCUUGGGCUCCUCGGCGGACACCACCCAGGAUAGCACCGCCGUCGAGGAUACCCUGUCCCGCCAGUCGGCCGAUAUCCUGCAGAUGCUGUCGCAGUCCAAGCGCUCUGCGCUGGGAACAGAAGGCGGCAGUAACUCGAACUCACCCAGCAAGCGCUUGCGAAACCCCCUGGCCGCCGUCACCUGCAACAACCAGAGUGAGACGGCGGUCCCGCUCAAUUUUCAGCCCUCCACCAGCAGGCUGGCGCAAGUCCGGCAGGCAAAGAAGCCCUCGCCGGCACAGAUCCCCGCCCGGCUGGUACCCACGGACAGCUUCUUUGUGUACCGCACCCCGGCCAUGAGUGCCCACAUCAGCAGCGGAAUCAACUAUUUUGAACGAUUGUCUGACGAAACACUGCUGGACAUCUUCAAGUGGCUCCCGAAGAAGACACUUUUGCGCAUGGCCACCGUUUGUCGACGCUUCAACCGCUGCUCCCGCGAUGAGACCUUGUGGACAAGGCUGGAUCUGGGUCUGCGAACCAUUCGACCGGGCGCCCUCGAGCAAAUUGUGCGACGAGGAGUCCUGGUAAUACGUCUGGCCCAGGCUAGUGUCCAGGAGCCGGCCUUCACACCAUCGUUGGCAAGCUUUAGGGUGCGACUGCAAUAUCUCGACUUGAGCAUGGCCUCCAUUAGUCGAAGCUCACUCCGUACACUACUGUCCCACUGCCGCCAGCUGAAGAAAAUAAGUCUAGAGAACACUGAGCUGGAUGACAGCAUUUGCACGGAGAUCGCCAGAAACAAGGCCUUGGAGGCAGUCAAUCUAACCAUGGCCAGCGGCCUAACAGCCAACAGUGUGCGUCUGAUGAUGGAUUCUCUGACCAAUCUGAGCAGCCUAAACAUAUCGUGGACUGACCUAAGUGCAGAUGCUGUUACGGCGCUGGUCACUCACAUCUCGCCCAAUGUUAUUCGUCUGAAUGUUGCAGGCUGUCGCCGCGUACUUUUCGACUCUCAUGUUGCAUUGCUCCAGAAACGAUGCCCUCAGCUCCUGGAGCUCGAUCUAUCGGACUGCAAUAGUCUUACCCCAGCAGCUAUUACGGCCAUUAUGAAGUUCAAUAUGUUGGAAUAUUUGUCCGUUUCCCGUUGUUAUCUCAUUCCCGCUACCAGAUUCAUCGAGCUGAAGGGUAUGCCCUCUCUGACCUAUUUGGACAUAUUUGGAAUGCUGUCGGACGCCGCCAUGGAGGUCCUUGAGAAGCAAAUGCCCAAAAUGGGCAUCAACAAGUUCAUACACAGUUCGGUUUCCCGCCCGACUGUGGGCACGCGGCGCACCUCGAUUUGGGGACUUCGCACCCGCGACUAAUCCCGAUACCAUCCGAAAAUGUUUUGCUGCGUAUGCCACCCCUAACGCGGUUUUUAUUCUCAAUUCAACAACAUAAAUAAUCACAUUCUGCUGUUCUAAUAUUCCUGCUUUGUGCAUUUGGUCACUGAUCCGCUUCGCUGAGCGGGGCCACUGGUUUCUCCCACUCCCAUUCCUCCCAGCUAACGCAGUUCUUGAGGCUAUCCAUGAACCCUGUUUCGCUGGGGCACUU